UUCCAGACCACAACGAAAGAAGAGCGACGUCUAACAGAACCGGAGCACACGCAAAAAGCUGUGAGAGUUUCUGGGGGGAAGCAGUUUGGGGAGGUUUUACGCAUUGCGCAGGAUGCAGGCGCGCUACUCCGUCUCCAGUCCCAACUCUUUGGGAGUUGUACCGUACAUCAGCAGCGACCAGAGCUACUACCGGGCCGGCGGCGGAUACACCGGGAUGCCCGCGCCUAUGAGCAUGUACUCGCACGCGGCUCACGACCAGUACCCGGCCAGCAUGGCCCGGGCGUACGGACCGUACACCCCUCAGCACCAGCCGAAGGACAUGGUCAAGCCGCCGUACAGCUACAUCGCUCUCAUCACCAUGGCGAUCCAGAAUUCGCCGGAGAAAAAGAUCACCCUGAACGGGAUUUAUCAGUUUAUCAUGGAGAGGUUCCCCUUCUACCGGGACAACAAGCAGGGCUGGCAGAACAGCAUACGGCACAAUCUGUCCCUCAACGAGUGCUUUGUCAAAGUGCCCCGGGACGAUAAGAAGCCCGGCAAGGGCAGCUACUGGACCCUGGACCCGGACUCCUACAACAUGUUUGAGAACGGCAGCUUCCUGCGGCGCCGGAGGAGGUUCAAAAAGAAGGACGUGCAGAGGGAAAAGGAGGAGCGGGACCGGCAGGGCAAGGACCCCUCUUCCCGCACCCCUGGCCGGGAGCAGGACCCGCCGGUGCAGGGCUCUCAGCCGGUGCGGAUCCAGGAUAUAAAGACUGAGAACGGCACCUCCACGCCGCCGCAGGCCGCGUCCCCGACCCUGAGCGCCGUACCCAAGAUCGAGAGCCCCGACAGCAGCAGCAGCAUGUCAACGGGCAGCCCGCACAGCGUGCCCUCAACCCGGUCACUCAGCAUGGACGGACCCGAGCACCACCACCACGGCCAGGCCCCGGCGCAGGGCUUCAGCGUGGAUAACAUAAUGACCUCCCUGCGGGGAUCUCCGCAGGCCGAGCUCUCCCCGCCUCUCAUCGCCUCCUCUCGGACAGGUAUCACCCCUUCGCUGUCGCUCAACUAUUCCCCCAACCAGACAUCCGCCUACAACUCGACGACCUGCAACCAGAACGUCAUCUCCACAAACUCCAACGCCACCUACCACUGCAACAUGCAAGCCAUGAGCCUGUACGCAGGGGACAGAUCAACCGGCGGCCACCUGGCGCCGUCCACCACGGUCGAGGAGGCUCUGCCCGACUAUUGCAUCACCACGACCACCGCGUCCCCGCUCGGGCAUAGCAACCUGAGCCAGGCGGGCCAGGAGGGCCACCACGCGCACCAGGGCCGGCUCGCGUCCUGGUACGGGGACCUGAGCCACUUGAGCCAGGGUUACCCGGCGCAGCAGCAGAACUUCCACGCCGUGCGGGAGAUGUUUGAGUCCCAGCGGAUUGGGCUGAACGGCUCCCCGGUCAACGGGAAUAAUAGCUGUCAGAUGGCCUUCCCGUCCGGCCAGUCCAUCUACCGCACCUCAGGAGCUUUUGUUUAUGACUGCAGCAAGUUCUGAAAGCCGCAACGUGUCUUCUAA